UCAGAACUUAGCAACUGGUGGAUAAAGUAAACUGAAUGGUGAGAUCGUUUCAAAUACAUAGAGAAUAAUAAUUCAGAGUAUGGUGCAUGAGAUACUUGAACCCGACACCUUUGUUGCGAACUAAAACAUUGGACUGUCAUGGCUGAAAACAUAUUCAUAAUUAUUUACCAUAAGAAAAGUAUUAAAUAUACAUAUACCCUUGCUCUUACGGUUCAGAUUUCUGUAGCAUGGGCCGAUUUGCCAGGUCGUAUGCCUACUAAAGAUGGCGAUGACGUUCAUAAUGGAAAUAAUAAUUAUGUAGUGUUAAUAUACAUUGGUGCGAUUCUCACACUCUUUUUCUUUCUAUUUAUUGGAUACUUUUUGUGGAAAUGUCAUUUUAAAACAUGCCCAUCGUCAUCCCGUGGGGAUUGUAGGAACAUGCUGCAGACGGUCGGUCAUCCUUCGCAAAGAGAAUGCAACAAUCGUCCAGACAUUUUUACAAUGUACAACUCUGUGCAAGCCCGUCAACCACCUGAAGUAUCAGAAGGAACAUGGAUAGAAAGUACCGAGGCUGUACGCUUAGGAUCUCCUGGAAUUCCCCAUACUAAUAUUUUAGGACUAGAUAACGUCAGUCAUCGUUAUUGGAAUAAUCGGUGCAGACAUUUUGCAACACAAGGAGAAAACAACUCUUUGCCUACCCACAUCGAGGAUCCGGGUGAGGGUGUACACAUAAACAACGAGCGACACGGAGCUAUAAGUACUCCCUCCUGUAUUCAUAGGGAUUCGUCUUUAAGUGAGCUUGGAAGCAGAAUGUUUGAAUACUAUCCCGAAACUCCCAAGGAGCUACUGAUUCCCACGGAACGGAGCCAGAUCCGAACUAUUAGCAACAAACUUUUAGUUUAUAUUACCAAAGAAGUCGGUUAUGUGGGAGCGACGCUUUUUUUAGACAAUAUGGGUAUCUCCCUCGUCAUCCCUACUGGAGCGAUCCCACGGGAUGAGAAGCAACUGAUCAUUCUGGUCCUCAACUGGGAUCUUUCCGACAAUCCGUACAUGACAGAAACACAGGCACUUGUUAGCCCCGUCGUUUAUUGUGGCCCCCACGGUGUCAAACUUCAAAAACCAGCUCUACUCAGAUACAAGCACUGCGCGUUUGACCCCAGAGACAUAACGAUAAUGGAGAGUCAGACAGAACUUGCAUCAACAAAGAAGUGGGACGUCUGCUGCAAAGCAGAUGAACAAGACGGCAAAUGUCAAGUUUCCCAAGACGAAUGUCAAAUACUGAUUGAUCACUUCACCCUUUUCACUUCCAUUCAGACUCCCCAAAGUGGGGACGGCAAGAAGUGGCUACAGGUGGCCGUAUUUGCAUCUCCAUUAAGACAAGGGAUGUCUCAUCAUCAGUUUAGGAUCUACUUUUUAAAUAAAACUCCGUGUGCUUUGGAAUGGGCUAAACACAAUGAAUCGCGAUUCAGUGCCGAAUUAGCUUGUCCUGAGAAAGUGUUUUUAUUACGUGGGUCCCGGGAAGAUGUUCAGCUGGAGCUUCAGUACCUUUCUCGAGAUUGGUCCGUGGUGGAUAACCGAUCAUUUGAAAAAGUUCAAUUUCUAAAAGUGUGGCACGGCAUGUGCCCUUAUAUCGCCGUGUGCUUCGCAAGGAGUGAGGACUUGAGGCAAACACCAAAAGAAAUCAACUUAAAUUUUUCCCUCUUUCAAGAAUCAUUUCAAAAUGAAGCUGAUAAAAUUGUGAUACAAAUGGCGGAGUCAAAUGUGGGAAUUCAUCAAGGAUUUGAUGAGGUGAACAUUUCUUCUAAAUCAAAUCAAAGAGUAUGCAUCAGUGUCCGAAAAGAGAAGGUGUUGGAUGUAAAUAUCGAGGGACAACGUCCGGGUGAUUAUUUAAAACAAAUAGAUUUGGAGCCACGUUUUGUUAUUCCGUGGGACCUAAGAAGAAAACUUGUUCAGAUGUUAGCUCCUAAGUCUGAAGUUGGAAAAGACUGGCGCGAUUUUGGGUGUGAAUUAGGAAUGUGUGAUAUUCGUUUCCUGGACACUCUGCCAUGUCCGACAACUACACUUCUGGACCUUUUUGAGACAAAAUAUAGCUCUUUAGUUGAGUUGCACCAAAUGUUGGAGAAAAUGGAACGAUAUGACGCGUCCACGGCGGUGCUUGACGCAAUUGGAACUUUACCUAAACAAACAUGUGAGGACACUGAUUCAGAUUGAAACUUCCGAAGGUUGACCAUCUUUAAAAAGUUUCCAACUGGAUAAGGAUAUUCAUAUUGCAGUUAGUUUGGAUCAUGCAUCACACUUGUUUCCAACAAAAAGGUGUGGUUAUGAUGAGUUUAGAAUUUGAGAAUAUUCGUAUUCGUGCAGUCUGUUUGAAUUAAGAGGUGCCCAAUGAAAUAAAAAUUGGAGGUGAAUGGGAUAAAGUAGUGUGUCCUUCUGGGAGAUGAAAUAAACAUGACGUAUCUUCAGUGAAACUCUGAUCAUCAAAACAAAAAUAAACGAUAGAAAUACAAGAUUCGUCAGAGUGUAGAAGUCAAUAGAAUUCGAUGUAAUGAUGAGUUAAGAAUUUGACAACUGCAAUCCUUUUGAAUGCAUUCGGUUUCAAUUACUAUAUUUUAGCUGAUUUGCUAGUUAUAUAGUGAUUCGAUAAACAGUCUUUGAGGUUUUCGAGCGAAAACUUGACAGUAUGGGAUAUAUAAUUGGGUAAGAUGAUAUUCUGGUAUUUGUUUGAUUGAAGCGAUCCCGAAUUCACUCUGUGCUACUUUUAUUUUUAAUGUGGUUGAAGAUGAAACGGGACAAUCUAUUGGAUGCAAAUAGCGCAAUUCAAAUUCAGAUCAUCAUCCAUUGUCCAUUGAAGGGUAUAAAGCCGUGUAUAGGGUAAGUGAGUGAGAUACGGGGCCAAUUUAAAACUUCCAUAAUUUAAUUAAUUACCAGAAAUUAACCUAUUAGGUAUGUUAGUUAAUCAAUUAAUCAUGGAAAUUAGUUACAUAAUAUACUGUUAUUUACUUACAUAAUGUUUUUUGGGGUUUUUUUUUAAGCAAUAUUUUUAUUCAGAUUUGUAUCUGAAUAGGGAUUGGGGAACAGGCAUAGCCUAUAUUAAACCCCUCUCCCUGUCAGAUAUAGAUACAUGUAUUUACAGUUUAGAAAUAAAUAAUCAAUGUACACAUGAAAAUAUGAUUACAGUGAUUGUGUUACAGCUGUCUAUGGAAUGGAUUUACAUUUUAGAAAUGGGCGAAUAAUGUACAAGUGAAAAUGUAGCUACAAUAAGUGCGUCAUAGUUGUCCCUUGGAGCGACUGGUGAUUUCGAAAAACGAGUGGACAAUUUUAAAAAUAUUGAGUGAGUUUUCUAUGUCGUCAAUUCCGUGCAGUAAGACAGUAGUGUUUUGAUGGAUAGUCGGUGAAUUAUUAAUUGUAUUAUUUCGGGCAUCUGAAUGUAAGGAGCAAUUCAAUAAAAAAUGUUCAGUACCUUCGAAGUGAUGACCACAUUUACAUAAUAUUUGAUGAAAAGCUCAAUAAUUAGAAGUCAGUGGGCAUUGUAUAAGAUGAAUAUAAAGUGACAGCUCACAUGAGAGUAGAAAUUUUUUCAGGACCACGGUCCUAACGCAAAUCGUUUGAUAAUGUGACGUCGCCAUUUCGGAGCUUUGGGGUAAAAUUGUCUGUAUUUGCGUCAGAAUUUUUGAGGCAUUUUACGCCUCCAGGUUCAUGAAUUAGCCCAAGCAGAGCAGAACAGUCCAUUUCAUAGUUCAUGGCCUAAUCUUCAGAAAAUUCUAGAACUUGCACCACUGUAAUCAUUCUAUUAGCAAUGGGCGAUUUAAAUACGGGUAACAAAGGCGACCAUUGUUCUAUUACGCGUGUGUUGAUCAGCUUUUAAUGGUAACAUACAGGCAAUAAAAUUAAUAAAAUUCAUGUACAUAAUAUUUUGUAAUAAUAAUUCCACUAGAUAUUGCCGUCGGGAAUAAAAAUAAUAAAAUAAAGUACGCCAAUCAUCUAGGCUUAAAAUGACGUACCAUGACAAAAUCAAGUACCAAUAUUAAGGACAAGAUUUUCUGGUCCGGGCUGUUCAACAUACCGUUAAACAAAGGUAUUCUGUAUGCACUCACUCGACAGACACCUAUAUAUAGGGUGAAGUCCGUCCGUGUCAAAUCUAUUACAUUUUAUUGGUUGCCUAGAAUAAAUAACAUUUCUACAUUCCAGAACUUGAAAUGCAAUCCUUUUCAUCAUUCUUUAACGAAUCAAUGUUUGAUAAUGAAGUUAAAGAAAUUUCAAUUACUGGGCUUUUCAUUUAAUGAAAUAUAUACUUUAGCUUUAGUUAGGGUGUUGUGUAUAUCAUUUAUUGGCUGUUUCAAAAUGACCUCGAGAAAAUUUUGUUUAUAAAUUGCAGUUUGUUCUGAUAAAAAUUCUCAUUUUAAAAGGGGGAUAACUCUUACAGAUAUGUUUUCCGAAUAGUCUGUUGCCAACGGUUACCGUCGUACGAAUCAUAUUUUGAAGUUUAUUGGCACUUAUCCGCGAAUUGCUUUAAAAGACACGAACGCCAUUUUGUCUAGAGCAGCAUCUGUUUCAGUCGAAGCCUGGAGUUUAGAACAGAACUACAUUUACAAGUCUAUUUUAUUGAACUAUUAUGUUUUGUUCUUGUUUAGAUUAGAAGUAAAACAAGUUAACGAUGCAUUAUUAUGUAAGAGCUAAAUCUGAAUAUUAGAGGUUUUUAUUUUGGUUUCGGAUUUCAAAUGCUAUAUAAACUAUUAUUUAGACAUUUAUUAAAAUGACAAGCCUAUAAUCAACUCUCUAGAUCAUCGGAUGGUAGAGAUUUAAAUAGAUAAGAAUGCCUGCCAGAUUUAACGAUAAAUUUGAUAGUCAAGACUAAGUCUCACUUGUCCAGUACCGUUCCUACGAUAAUAAACAUACUAAGCUACAUCUUCCAGUGCCCAUAACUUCGCUCAGAAUAAAGUAAUUUUCAAUAUAUUCAUUUUGUGUUAUCAAUUUUUGAACUGUUAUAGCAAGAACGGCCAAGUCUUCGUGUAAAUCUUACAUAAUGCAUAUUCAAGAAACACAUACGUUGCUUUGGUUUACACUUAAGAUAUACAUAUAAAUAUAUAAUUUUUAUUGAUUAUUUUGGUUUACACACAUAGUAUAACGUUUUUUCAUGAAUAUGCUACUUUUAUCUUUUAAAGCCGCUGAUCCUUUGCAUUUUUGAAAAUAUCUAUUUUUGUAUGUAUUUAUCUAAAAUGUACUCAGACUGCUUAUUUAACAUUUAAGAAAGAAAGCA